AUGAAUUUCGCCAGCGAGGGUGGUAUUACAUCGCUCUAUUCCUCAGCUAGGAAGGGUAACCUACCUGUCGUGGGGACGUUGCUGUCAAACGGAGCAACCAUACAGGCCGAUCAUAGGAAUCGACGGACACCCUUACAUUUAGCGGCAGCUGGUGGGUAUAAUGAGAUAUUAGACUUGCUUCUUGAGAAUGGCGCUGAUGUGAAUGCGCGCGAUGUCAAUGGGCUUACCGCUGUAUCUCUAGCAAUGAUGCUGGGGCAUGAACACACCGUGCAACUACUUAUUGACAAGGGCGCUGAUACGAGGGUCAAGAAAGAUGGAGUUAGCCUACUCCACAUGACCGCGGGCCGUGGUCUUGGAGAAAUCGCAGAUCUACUCAUCACCCGGGGAGCCGCAAUCGAUGAUUUUGCAGAUGAUGAGUUGGCGACAUUUGCAUUAUGCUGCCAGAGGUGCGGGCAGGGCCUCGUUACUCCACUGCAUCUGGCGACAGAGAGCGGCCAGGCCGAGAUGGUUCAGCUCCUCGUCAGGAAUGCGGCACACCCUAACAUACCUGAUUGCGAUGGACUCACGGCGUUCCACCAUAGUGUAGCAUGCGGAUAUAUGGAGAUUGCGAUAUUCCUCGGAUCUGGUGGAGAUCCUUCUCUCCAGGAUCUUUUUGGCAGGACUGCACUACAUCUAGCAGUCCAGGAGAAGCAGGACCACACGGUGCAAUUCCUCAUAUAUGACGGUGCUCAAGUGGAUGCUCGGGACGAUACCGAUAUGACGCCUUUACAUCUAGCGGCGGUGGUUGGCAACACAACUUCAGCACAGAUACUUGUCGCGAACGGUGCUGAUAUCAUGGCUGGACCGUCGUAUAGCGCCGGACGGGCCCAGAAAGCGAUCAUCGCCAGGGUAAAUGGAAUACUGGCUCAACCGGAAAACGCACCGCUGGCGACAUCUCUAAGAGCUGUUAUCCGUUUAGCGGCCGAUGAAGCCCAACUACCAGACACAGUCCGUUUAAGUAUACACAGGAUGGCGGAGACUAUAGAGUUCACGCCAUCCAAGUCCCUUGGUCUCUCGCAUAGCCAACUGAGCAUGGUCUCGGUGUUCAGGCGUGAGGUAUUUGACGUCCUGGAAGAUCCAGCUAUUUUUCUUGACGGUGGAUGGACACCACUUCACAUCGCUGCAUUCAAUGGCUGGGAAGAGUUGGUGCGGCUCCUAGUUCAUCAGGGUGCAGUAAUUGAUUCACUAACAACCAGGGGUCUAUCGGCAAUUCAAAAUGCUGCGGAUCGAGAGCACAGAAAUGUCGUGCGGCUUCUGGAACAGCUUGGGUCAAAGGUCUCUUACCUUAAUCAAGACAUCCGGGAAGAGAAUUGCGUGUCUGAAAGGGCAAAAGAAGAGCAAGAUAUGCGAUCGAUCUCGAUUUCUACUUUCGAAGAAGCCAUGGCGGGACUGAGUUUUGCGACGGUGUAG